AUGGUUCUAAAUUUGGAAUUGCUCAAGUCUGAAGGAAACUUUUUUCCCCCCUCACAGCCAGGAGAAAAACCUGCGGAAAAAAAGGACGAAACCAAGAAAGAUGGAGAAGCCAAACCAGGCGGCCCUGCUCCGGCCGCCCCCGCCCCGGCGAUUGAAACCAAGAAGGCCGAGGAGAAGCCGUCCGACCCUGCUGCCAAACCACCCGGCACUGCUGAGGGGCAAGAGGACCCUCCCCCUCCGCCACGCCCCAUCGUGGUGAACAAGUACGCUGACCAGCAAAUGCUUGAUGUCAUCAAGCGGAUGAGGGACAGGACUGCGCUCUACAAGGAGAAGGUCAUUGACCCCACUGCUUCUUCACCGGAGCCCAGCCCACCUGUCACUCCCGUUUUGAGAAAGCGUGACUUUCUGAAAAAACAGGAGGAGGAGAGAAUCAGAAAAGAAGAAGAGGAGAAGAAGAAAAAAGAGGAAGAAGCCAAGAAGGCAGAGGAAGCAAAGAAGGCAGAGGAAGCCAAGAAGGCGGAGGAAGCCAAGAAGACGGAAAAAAAGGAUGAGAAAAAAGACGACAAGAAAGAGGAGAAAAAGAAAGAAGAGGUGAAGGAGCCAGAGGUAGCGGAGAAGACGGGGGUGUCGCUCUUACUCGAACUCGGUGGCUCCUGCAUAGACACCCUGCUGAAGCCUGUGGAGGACGCCAUGGACAAGGUGGUGGGCAAGACCUUCGAUCCUUUCACAGACCGCCGGUACAUUUCGUGGCUGAGUUUGGUCACCCUGGCCUUCAACUACAACGCCUGGCUUGUCCCGGCUCGUUUGGCCUUUCCCUACCACACGGAGAAGAGCAUCCCCUACUGGAUUGCCAGCGACUUCCUGUGUGACCUCAUCUACAUCGCUGACGUCGUCAUCUUCCGGCCCCGCCUCCAGUUUGUCAAGGGGGGCGACGUCAUCAAUGACAGGAUUUUAACAAAAAAGAAUUACAGAGACAGUCCAGGAUUUAAGCUUGAUAUAAUCAGUGUAAUACCCUUUGACCUGCUGUGCCUCAAGUUGGGAUUCACCUCCAUCUUUAGAGCCAACCGCUUGUUAAAGAUGGACGCAUUCUUUGAGUUCAGCGAUCGAUUGGAAAGCCUGAUGACCAAGGCUUACAUCUGGAGAGUCAUCCGGACCAUCGGCUACCUGCUGUACAUCCUUCACCUGAACGCGUGCAUCUACUACAUCGCCUCCGCUUACGAGGGCAUCGCCUCCACCAAGUGGGUCUACAGCGGCAAGGGCAACGCGUACUUACGAUGUUACUACUUUGCCGUUCGCACCUUGAUCACCAUCGGGGGCUUGCCUGAGCCCCACACCGUCUUUGAGAUCCUCUUUCAGUUGCUGAACUAUUUCACGGGCGUCUUCGUGUUCUCCAGCUUGAUCGGACAGAUGAGAGACGUGAUCGGGGCCGCCACCGCCGGGGAGACCUACUUCCGGAGCUCCAUGGACGGUACCGUGGCCUACAUGAACACCAACAGGAUCCCCAAACUGGUGCAGCACAGAGUACGCACCUGGUAUAACUACACCUGGGCCUCCCAAGGCAUGCUGGAUGAGUCUGUGCUGUUGGAGCAGAUGCCCCUCGUCAUGAGAACCGCCAUCGCCGUGGACAUCAACCUCACCACCUUCCAGAAGAUCGACCUCUUCAAGGGAUGUGAUAACCAGAUGCUUGUAGACAUGUUGCUGAGACUUAAAUCCAUUGUGUAUCUACCCGGAGACUUUGUGUGUAAGAAGGGCGAUAUUGGAAAGGAGAUGUACAUUAUCAAAGCUGGAGAGGUGCAGGUGAUCGGAGGACCAGACAAUAAGAUCGUAUUUGUCACACUGAAGGCCGGUUGUGUGUUUGGAGAAAUCAGCCUUCUACAGUCUUCUAAGGACGGAGGCAACAGGAGAACAGCCAACGUUGCCGCCCACGGUUUCGCCAACCUCUUCGUCCUGGACAAGAAGGACCUCACUGACAUCCUGGUCCACUACCCCGAGGCCCAGAAGGUUCUGGCCCGGAAGGGAAGGAAGCUGAUGAAGGCCAAGGGACCAGCCGCGGCCGCGGUGGAGGCCGACAAGAAGACGGGGCUCGCCCUGUUCGCACCCAGGCCCCCGACCCCGAAAAUCCUGAAGGCCUUUGGCCGCUUCAACAAAGCGAGCUUCAUGGAGCAGCUCAAGGUGUCUACAGAAGCAGAGAAGAAAUAAGUGACACAUGACCAUGCCCCUCUCUGAACCUGGGAGACUGGCUUUUACCUGUCCAAAAAAAAAAAAAACAACAACAAAAAUGUGCUUGCACUUUACUGCUAUAAUAUGGCAAUAAUCUAGUUUUAAAAAAUGUAAUAGCAUUCCUGUGAUUUUCUUUGGCCUCACUUAACAUUAAGUGACAUACUACCUGUGUGAUUGCACUGUAACAGAGGUAGAUACAGUGUAGCUGCUGUGUAGAUACACAUUAUUACAUUGUAUUUACAAUCAUAUAAACAUAACUUU